GAGGGUGGAGGAUGCCAUCCCCGGAGAUGGGAGAGGAGGGGGAAGGGUCUCUGCUGGCCAGAGAGGGACCGAGUGGGCACAGCCAAGCAGACACCACCACCCUCAACCUACUGGCCUCGGUCAAAGAACAGGAGCUCCAGUUUGAGCGUCUGACCCGGGAGCUGGAGGAGGAGCGUCAGAUCGUUGCCAGUCAACUGGAGAGGUGCAUGCUGGGAGCUGAGUCACCUGGCAAUGAUGAUGAUGAUGCCAGUAGCAGUGACUCAUCAGAGAAGUCCUUUGCUUGGAGAUCAUCAGUAGAUGUGUCUGGUACAGGAGAGCACCGGGCUGCUGUAAUGGACAGCUCUCACCAGUCACCCUCCCGUCUCCUCCGAGCUGAUCAGGGUCACGGGUCACUCUACCUCCCUGAAGCGGACAGGGCAUCCCCGCAUGACAGUGAGGGAUCUGUGGCCCAUAUGACAUCGUAUGCAGACAGUGGCUACCAGGACAGCAGUAUGAGUUACUACAGUGUGAGCAGAGAGAACGUGGUUCUAUCAGAGCCCAGACACAUGCUGUCAGGCAGCGGCCCCAGGGGAAGCCCCAGUCAUGGCAGGAGCUCCCGGGCAGAGGGGCAGGCCUCCGUACAGGCCUCCGCGUCAGGGCGGGUGAUGAGGAGGAUGGGCUCCCUCCCCUCCCGGGGACAGUCUCCUGUGUGUGGUGUGGGGGGGACUGUGUCCCCGUCCCGGGUCUCUCUCCGCACCUCCCAGGGUGGCAGCGCCUACGGCUCACCCAUCCUCACCGAGCCCAAACCCCUCGCCAGCAUCUUCCCCGGGACCACCAUGCCCCCCUCCUCCCCGCCCGGUCCAGGCACCACCCCCUCCUUCCAGCGUGCCACCUCUCCUUACUCCCCCACCCACCAGAGGAACGGGAACGGCGACUCUCCUCUCCGGACCAGCCCCCAUCCAGGCAGCGCCAAUCAUGCCACCUCACCUCACCAGGCGAUGGGUAGUGUCUCCGGGCACCUGGGGUCUACACUGUCUCUGGUGGAGGGGAGGGGGCUGUCUGGCUCUCCUCUGAGGUCCCGUAUGACGGCUGUGCCCCAGCACUACGGCUCCACACUGCCCCGCCAGGGGGUUCUCCCCUACGGACAUGACGCCUACGGGCUCUACGAGAGAACCGCCCUGCCUCUGUCACGGCCUGACAGCCUCACUGGCCUGCACAGCUCCUACGCCACUCGCCACAGCCCACUGGACCAGGAUAUGAGGAUGGCCAUGUCUCCUGACUGCCACGUCACGCCUGUCUACGACGACAGAGCCUUCCAAAGCCCCCUGUAUCACAGCCCCACCCACGCCCACCACGGAUCACACGGCGCUAUCUACAGGACACUCACGGGUGCGGAGAACCUUCAGCGGACCCUCCAGAGGACCACAAGCCAUUGCAGCACCCUGGCGUACCAAAGAAGCAGCUAUGGGCUGAACACAUAUGCAGACACCUACAGGGUCUCCCAGCAGGGACAGGGGCCCAAUGAGACCUCUUUCUCCAGGCACUCUGGUCUAGUCGACAGGGCUGCCACAAGGUCCCCCUCCAUAGACAGUAUACAAAAGGAUCCUAGGGAGUUUGCAUGGCGCGACCCCGAUCUCCCUGAGGUGAUCCACAUGCUGCAGCAUCACUUCCCCUCUGUCCAGGCCAAUGCUGCAGCGUACCUCCAGCACCUGUGUUACAGAGACAACCACAUCAAAGUGGAGGUGUGUCACCUGGGAGGUGUUCAGCAGCUGGUGGACCUGCUGGACCACAAGGCUGUGGAGGUGCAGAAGAGUUCCUGCGGAGCCCUGAGGAACCUGGUUUAUGGCAAGGCUACAGACGACAACAAGGUGGCCCUGAGGAACUCUGGUGGCGUUCCCGCUCUGCUCAGACUGCUGAGGAAAACCACCGACAACGAAGUCCGGGAGCUGGUCACUGGGGUGCUGUGGAACCUGUCGUCGUGCGACGCGGUCAAGAUGACCAUCAUCAGGGACGCUCUGAGCACCCUGACCAACACUGUGGUCAUCCCCCACUCCGGCUGGAGCAGCAGCAACUACCGAGAGGAGACCAAGCUCAAGUUCCACUCCUCUCUUCUGCUGCGCAACACCACCGGCUGCCUCAGGAACCUGAGUUCAGCAGGAGAGGAGGCCAGGGGUCAGCUGAGGUGUUGUGAGGGGCUGGUGGAUUCACUUCUCUAUGUCCUCAAGACCUGCGUUAGCACCUCUGACUUCGACAGCAAGAUUGUGGAGAACUGUGUGUGUACUCUGAGGAACCUGUCCUACCGUCUGGAGAUAGAGAUGCCCUCGUCUCGCCUGCUGGGGACUCAGGAACUGGAUGCCCUGCUGGGCUACGGGUCCCCCAGUAAGGACCUAGACUACCUCUGCUGGGGUAAGAAGAGGAAGAAGAAGAAGAGGGGCUGGCUGGAUGAUAAGUGGGACGGCGUGGGACCCAUCCCGGGGUUUGGUAAGCCUCCGCUGGGGGCAGAGAUGCUGUGGCACCCGGCCGUGGUGAAGCCCUACCUCAGCCUGCUGGCAGAGAGCUCCAACCCUGCCACCCUGGAGGGCUCCGCCGGAUCCCUUCAGAACCUCUCCGCUGGAAACUGGAAGUUUGCGGCCUACAUUCGCGCGGCGGUGCGCAAGGAGAAGGGGCUUCCUAUCCUGGUGGAGCUGCUGAGGAUGGACAACGACAGGGUGGUCUGCUCUGUGGCCACCGCUCUGAGGAACAUGGCCCUGGACAGCAGGAACAAGGAGCUUAUAGGAAAGUAUGCGAUGCGGGACCUGGUGAAUCGUCUCCCCGGGGGAAGCCCCUCCCUGCUGUCUGACGAGACGGUGGCGUCUGUCUGCUGCACGCUCCACGAAGUCACCAGCAGGAACAUGGAGAACGCCAAGGCCCUGGCAGACACGGGGGGCAUCGAGAAGCUGCUGGACAUCAGUAAGGGCAGGGGGAAGGGGUAUUCCAUGAAGGUGGUGAAGGCUGCUGCUCAGGUCCUCAACACGCUGUGGCAGUACAGGGACCUGCGCACCCUCUACAAACAGGACGGAUGGCACCACGGUCAUUUCAUCACUCCUGUGUCCACUCUGGAGAGAGACAGGUACAGGUCUCAACCAACCCUGCCUACUAGCACCUUACAGAUGUCCCCCGUGCCCCGCCAAUCAGGUGGUAGUGCAACCUCCUCUCCUGCCAUGUUAGGAAUCAGAAGACACAGCUCUAACUACCAGAGGGCUCAGUCAUCUAUGCAACUCGAUACAUAUUAUGGAGACAACAGUUUACAUAGAAACCAGUACACAGGGUCAGAAAAGAAAACGCCAUAUUUUAUCGGGUCCUAUUCCUCACCAUCGAGAGAGGACUGUCCUAGGUCCCAGCAGGAAGAUGUGUUCUACUCCGACGAGCUGGAUAGGAACACUUACAACAACUACAGAAUGUAUCUGUCAUCGCCGCACGGCUACGGGGAGGAGGAGCCUGGGCCUUACCAGGACGAGCCAGAGAACCUGACCUCCACAGAGCGAUACAACACCUCCCAACCUAACAGACUGAAAUCCAAUACCAACACCGCUAACUACGUGGACUUCUACUCCACCACGAGGAGGCCUUCUCAGAAGGCUAACCAGUACUCUGGAUCCCCUGACUCCUGGGUGUAGGGGUGGAGAAACCAUGUAGAAACCAUGGACCGACUCAUCAGUUUAAGCUACAUCUGUGUGUGUGUUUGAAGUGUGUGUGUGAGAUAGAAAGAGAAAUGUGAGAGACAAAAAGAUCAUGAGUGUGUCUGUAUGUGUGUGUCUGUAUGUGUGUGUUCUUGUGUGUGUGUCUGUAUGUGUGUGUUCUUGUGUGUGUGUCUGUAUGUGUGUUCUUGUGUGUGUGGCUCCAGUGGGAAAGAGCCUGUUGUUUUCUGGAGUGGUGUAAUGUCAGCCAAAGAAGUAAGAAAGGUUUGUUGGAUACGAGCCAGGCAUCCGCUUGGUUGGAAAUGUGGAGAAUGGAGAGCGUGCUGAAGAAGUGUUGCGUAAAAAUAAACAUUAAAGGGAUAGUUUACUCAAAAUAUAAAUGAACAUGAUGUUCAAUAUAUGUUAGCUGUAGUUGAUAAACUAAGACAGUUAUGGAUAUAGUAAAGGCAGCAAAGAUCUCAAAACUGGCUUGGUGAAUCGACUACAGCCAAAUGGAAAAUAAUGUGAAUUUCGAUUUUGAGUCAAAUAAAUAAUUUCUAUGUUGGCCAAAUAUAUAUCAUGAAGUCAUAUCUGUGAAAUGUCAAAUAGUAUUUGUACAGAGAAAUAAAACAUGUUACAAUGUGUUGUUACAGAACGUUACUGUAUUCAAUGUGUAGACUGUGUAUGUAUGAUAUGGUGUCUAGUGAAUUUUUUAUGAUUUAUUUAUUUAAGUGUGUGAAUUUCCCCCAAAACGCUCUGAUGUAUGUUGUCCAACACUGGCGAUGAUGUGCCAUAUGGAAGUGUAUGAAGAUUGUUUUUUUUAAAAGAGCGCAUCAUAACACUAAAAAAAGAUUCAGAAGUUGUGAAAAUGAGGCUUGGUGAAAUAAAUCAGC